AUGCCUCGCGACAGGAGCAAGUCUGUGGUGCAGCGAAUUGCAUCGGAGGUUCCAUCGUAUUCCAAAGAUGAACUUAAAUUGGAAGGAGAAGCCACUGAUGCAAAAAAUCUCCACAAUCCUACCAUAGAUAGAACGCAUUCUCGACACGACCUUGCACCUACGACUUUCACAGCCCACCAACGGUCCUCAUCAUUCUCUGUGGUUGUGAAGAAUGAAGUCAAUGUAGAGGUACUGGCCAUAGCUAAAGAGUUCACUUAUCCAUUCACUGAUGCUGAACGCGACCAGAUGGUGCUGAACUUCUUGGAUUCGUUGAACUACAAUUCUGUUCUUGAUUCCGACCACAUCGACAGCAUUAAUGAGAUGUUUGAUGACCAGAUAUUGUCGUUUAAGGCAGACUGCGAUUUCAAUAUCGGGUACUUUCGAGAUUUGAUUAAGGAAAGCAAGGCAGUGUUGGACAAUCUCACUACUUUGACCAUCCAGUACGACAAAGUGACCAAGGACACGCUGGAUUUCGCUGCACAGUCGUCGGCACUUUUGAAAGACCAGGAUGAGCUAGAGAAGAAAGCUCAACAAACGGAUCACGUCUUGCAGAUGUUCGAGCCUUUGGAAGGUAUCAGCAAGAUGUUGAUUUCUUCUGGAAACCAUAUAAUCAGAACAGGAAAGAUCAGCUCUAUCUUGCGGAAGCUUCAGGAAUGUUUGGACUUCUUGGAUGUUCAUGACAACUACAAGGAUAGUGAGUUCUACACCAUCAGAUACCGUCAGUGUAUGACCAGAGGUCUCACGUUAGUGAGGAACUUUCUCAUUGAAUAUUUGAAGAACAAACAGACAGAUAUCUCCCAGCAACUUCAGGAUAAAGAUCUAUCUGCAUUGAAAUUUGAUAUUCUCAUGUACAGUGGGUUCACAGGCGACCUUGAGAAGCAAGAUGAGAAUACCAGAUUUUCUGUGUUAAUUGGUUCUAUCGUCGAUAAGUGCGGUUCCCAUAAAGAGUAUAGAGGGUUGGUUUCUGAUGUUUUGCAGCAAUAUUUCAAACUCAGAUUACAAUUGAUCCAGUUUUACAUCCAGCAGCAGCAGAAUGCUUCCCAAGGUCAAGAGCAAGUUAGCACCUUGCAGUAUUGUCAGAAAUCGAUAGCUUCAUUCAAGAAAUUGCUUGAAAGGGAGUAUGUGUUGUUCCAUAAGUUCUUCCCCGUGCAAAACUUCGACUCACUGGAACAAGGGGUGGUGUACGAUGAAUUGUACCGGUUUUUCAAACAAGCUUUGGAGCCUUUGUAUGAUGAGGUAAGAAAUAGGGUUCUUCGGGAAGUCAACAUUGCUGAACUAUGCCAUUUGACCAACUUACUCACUAGCUACUACGAAUUUGAAGAAGAUGUGUCCGUGGUCACUGCUUACGACAACAAGAUCGAGUACGGUGAGCUUUUUGAGCCCAUGUUGAACGAUUCGCAGGCGAGGUUGAUCUUCAGAAUCCAAAACUUUAUCGACAACAGGCUUGUCAAGUACAAGCCAAACCCGGAGGACUUGCAAUUGGGUAGCAGGAGAAAAACUGGCGAUGGACAAGGUAGGAAGAAUUCAGCCCUCAAUGAGUUCGACGAUAAUUUGUUUCCCGAGCUCUAUGUCCCUGUGGGCAUCGCAUUGACUGUUCUUUCAAACAUUUACGAGCUUGUAAACUCAAUGGUGUUUGAUGAUCUUGCUCACUAUAUCAUUCACAGUUGCAUCUACAUGCUUAAGAAUGGAGCAGUGAAGUUGGCUGUUGCUCACUUGGGACCUGUGGAUGCAAAACUCUUUUACUUGAAAAAUUUGAUGAUGUUGAAGAAUCAGCUUAAUAACUUUGACAUUCAAUUUGUUCGCACAGAGACCACAUUGGACUUCACAAGUGGAAUCCAGGAAUUGAUUCAGAUCUUCAGAAAUGGCCAACUAUACGUGAAGUUCAAUGAAAAGGGAGGGCUACUUGAACUAGUGAAAAAGUCUGUGCCAAAAGUGGUCAAUGACAUGAUCGAUGCUAAGCAUGAGAUUGAGCUUGAGCUCAGUAAUUCCGUCAACGAAUUUGUCACCGAAUGUACUAAUUCCAUUUGUGCGCCAAUUCUUGGAGAGAGCAAGCUUACGACGAAGGAGCGAGCAAUCCAAAUGAAUGACAAUAUAUUGAUGAAAUUGCCUCAAAUCCAGACGCAAAUCAAACUGUUCAUUGAUGAGGAGGAAAUUGUCAGAUAUUUAUUAGAUAUGUUGUCGAACUUGAUCUCGUCGACCUAUGAAGCAUACUACAAGACAUUGGAGGAAAAGAUCACCAAGAAGAUCAUUUCUGGCGACGAAAUGGAGGAUAUAAUGGAGCCGGAUAGUUUCUACAAUUUCCUCAGCGAGACAGUAACAUCACUAAAAGACCAGGCUCCAGAUACAGACCCAAUCCACUUCAAUGAAGACCUCCUUCGUGAAUUUGAUUCUCCUGCCCCAGAGGUUCAAUGGGUGGGACAAGGCGAGCCAUUCGCUGCAACUAACAAUGAAGUCGUGAAAGGAGCAGAUCUUUCUAAAGAAGAAGACCCCAAAAAAACAGAGAGGGAUGACAACUUGGACCCCAAGUCUACCAAUGAACCUUAUUAUCAACAAACCAGCGAACAAGCCAUAGAGUCAGUCGCUUCCAACUUGUCAGACAGUGUGAGUCCAUUGGCUGACGUACCACCAACCGAAAACUCCAAUAUCGAUCCAGCCGCAGAUCCAAUAGACCAGAGACUGUCCAUCAGUCCUUUAUCAUAG